GUUAUUUGCGCCGUUUAAAUUCUCAAACGACGUCGUUUGGCACUAAUUCCUCCCUCACCCUCGUAAGGCAUCAACCAGUUGAUUUUUGCCAAAGGGAAAGGGUACAGGAUUUUCCCGCGCUUUUCAAUCAAUGGCUCCCAAAUCCGAUAGUGUCGAAGGAAUUGUGCUCAACUUCGUAAAUGAGCAAAACAGACCACUGAAUUCUCAAAAUGUGGCUGAUUCACUGCAAAAGUUCAACCUCAAAAAGUCUUCUGUUCAGAAGGCACUGGAUGCUCUUGCUGAUAGUGGACGGAUUUCAUUCAAGGAGUAUGGUAAGCAGAAGAUAUACCUUGCUCGGCAGGAUCAAUUUGACAUCCCAAACAGUGAGGAACUUAGCCGGAUGAAGGAAGAAAAUGCCAAACUACAACAACAGCUGGAAGAACAAAAGAGAGCAAUUAGUGAGGUUGAGGGAGAAAUUAAAACUCUGCAGUCAAAUUUAACUCUGGAACAGAUACGUGCCAAAGAAGCAAAACUAAAAAUGGAGGUUGAGGAAAUGGAGGACAAAUUGAAUAACUUGCGCGGAGGAGUUACUCUUGUGAAAUUUGAAGACAGAAAGGUGGUUGAGGAAAUGUAUUCUGAUAGAAUAAAUCAAUGGAGAAGGCGUAAAAGGAUCUUCAAAGAUCUAUGGGAUGCUAUAACAGAGAACUUGCCAAAGGAUCUCAAAGAAUUUAAGGAGGAACUUGCAAUUGAAUAUGAUGAAGAUGUUGGUGUAAGUUUUCAGUUACUUUGUGAUCUCAUGCAGCACAGAAAGAAGCGAGCUAGAUGCCAAUGACCCUUUAGAAGUGUCUCAUACUCGUUCAGGAUUCAGGCAUAUAUGUUCCUUUGUAUUUUCCUAAAAGAUAAGUCUGUCACAAAGAGUAGUAGAUUCUGCAUGCUUUUGAGGUUUAUAACUGUAUGGAUGUUAUAUGUUGAAACAUAUGUUUUAUAAAUGAUGGAUGAUAUGACAGCCAUGACAGCCACUUCAAAA